AUGGGAAAGAAACAACAUCAAAAGGACAAGUUGUAUCUUACAACAACUGAAUGGAAGGAGAUUGGCGGUCACAAGGAUGAUACCGGCACUCGCCUUCAGCGUGCUCAAUUCAAGCGUCUCCCUCUCACGCACUGUUCGCUUUCUUUGAUCCCAUUCGAAGAUCCUGUUUGUACACGAUCGGGAGAAAUUUUUGACCUGACGCACAUCAUUCCAUAUUUGAAAAAGAAUGGCGUAAACCCAUGCACUGGAAAGAAAAUGAGCAGUAAAGAUCUUAUCCACUUGAAAUUCGACAAGGAUGAGCAAGGGAGGUUCCGUUGCCCUGUGACGUUCCGUGGUUUCACUGAUCAUACGCAUGUUGUGGCUAUUGCAACAACUGGGAAUGUUUUCUCUUAUGAAGCCGUACAGGAAUUGAAUUUGAAAGCCAAUCACCUCAAAGAUCUCCUUACUGAUACUCCUUUUCAAAGGAGUGACAUAAUCGUUCUCCAGGAUCCCAAAUUUUUCAUUCGACGCAUGAAUAACGAGACGAAGGAGGCGUUGGAGCAGCUUAAGAAGGAUUAUAUCCCGAAAAAGAUUGAUGCUGUGGCUGAGGAGACAGCAGACGAAAUUAACGCGGCGCACUACAGUCAGGGACAUGUUGCUGCUGGUUUUACGUCCACCACCAUGGCGCCUAUAACAAAGCAGAAGGCAGCUGUACUCACAGAUGAAGCUGUCAGAUACUCCCGUGUGAAGAAAAAUGGCUACGUACGUAUCGUUACAAAUCAUGGAUCUUUGAAUCUUGAACUGUAA